CUGAUGGAAGAAAGGAGCCGGGCAGAACGGUUGGGAGAUAAAAGUCAAGGUGAAGGACGUCCUCUUCGUCGUGUUUGUGGACCCUGAGAAUUCUCGUACACCGGGCGCCAUGUACAAUACGGUGUGGAGUAUGGACCGCGAUGACGCAGACUGGAGGGAGGUGAUGAUGCCCUAUUCGACAGAACUGAUAUUUUAUAUUGAAAUGGAUCCUCCAGCUCUUCCACCAAAGCCACCUAAGCCAAUGACUUCAGCAGUUACAAAUGGGAUGAAAGACUGUUCCGUUUCUCUUCAGGAUGCAGAAUGGUACUGGGGGGAUAUUUCCAGGGAGGAGGUAAAUGACAAAUUACGGGACAUGCCAGAUGGUACCUUCUUGGUUCGAGAUGCUUCAACAAAAAUGCAGGGAGAUUAUACUUUGACUUUGAGGAAAGGAGGCAAUAAUAAGUUAAUAAAGAUCUAUCAUCGGGAUGGUAAAUAUGGCUUUUCUGAUCCUUUGACAUUUAAUUCUGUGGUGGAGCUCAUUAACCACUAUCAUCAUGAAUCUCUUGCUCAGUACAAUCCCAAACUUGAUGUGAAGCUGAUGUACCCAGUGUCCAGAUAUCAACAGGAUCAGUUGGUAAAAGAAGAUAAUAUUGAUGCAGUAGGCAAAAAACUUCAAGAGUACCACUCUCAGUAUCAGGAAAAGAGUAAAGAAUAUGACAGGCUAUAUGAAGAAUAUACCAGAACAUCCCAGGAAAUACAAAUGAAGAGGACUGCAAUUGAAGCUUUUAAUGAAACAAUUAAAAUAUUUGAGGAGCAAUGUCACACACAAGAACAAUAUAGCAAAGAAUAUAUUGAGCGAUUUCGCAGAGAAGGAAAUGAAAAGGAAAUUGAACGAAUUAUGAUGAAUUUUGACAAAUUGAAAUCACGUCUUGGUGAGAUUCAUGAUAGCAAAAUGCGUCUGGAACAGGAUUUGAAGAAACAAGCUUUGGACAACCGGGAAAUAGAUAAAAAAAUGAACAGUAUCAAACCUGACCUGAUCCAGCUGCGCAAGAUACGAGAUCAGCAUCUUGUGUGGCUUAAUCACAAAGGAGUGAGACAGAAGCGCCUCAAUACCUGGCUGGGAAUAAAAAAUGAGGAUGUUGAUGAGUCCUAUUAUAUCAAUGAGGAAGAUGAAAACCUGCCACAUUAUGAUGAGAAAACUUGGUUUGUUGAGGAUAUCAAUCGAGUACAAGCCGAGGACUUGCUCUAUGGGAAGCCUGAUGGUUCAUUCUUAAUUCGUGAGAGCAGCAAGAAAGGAUGCUAUGCUUGUUCUGUAGUUGCUGAUGGGGAGGUGAAGCACUGUGUGAUCUACAGUACGGCACGAGGAUAUGGCUUCGCAGAGCCCUACAACCUGUACAGCUCCCUGAAGGAGCUGGUGCUCCACUACCAGCAGACAUCCCUGGUUCAGCACAACGACUCCCUCAAUGUCAGGCUUGCCUACCCUGUCCAUGCACAGAUGCCUUCGCUCUGCAGAUAAAGAGGGAGUGGGAAGAGUUGGCUCUCCAGCAUUUUUUUCUACAGUUUUUAUUAGACUACGAUGAGGGCAUUCUUUCUACGUAGACUGCUUGUUUUGCACAAGAAGUGAUUCUGUGAAUGUGAAGUGGAGAGGCCGACCAGUAGCCGGCCGGGAUGGGGGAAUAAAUAAAGGGGCCUGGGGUUUCUGGGACUCAGCUGUACUGCUGCACUGAAAAAGUAAGCAGAUGUUGUUUUUGGGAAGUUUGUUUUGUUGGGGUUUUUGUUUUUGUUUACCAGGCACCCUCCACAGAACACACUAGGCUCCAUGGAGGCAGGGUGGGAGUUACAUUUGGAAGCCUCUGAAGAGUCCAUAUUCUCUUUUGGUCUUCAGCUCUGAGAAUGCAACAGGGGCUUGGCUCUGUUGGGAAUUGUUUUGCUCCUAUAAUCUCUUCAUUCCAAAAGUAAACACUUUUUUUUUUCUUCUGUGGUAGAAUGGGAUUUGUUUUUGGGGG